AUGAACUCAUCAAGGGCUCUUUUCAGUCCAGCCCUGACGGCAAACAUAUCGAGAGCGGCGUGUAAAGGCAUCUACAGUUCAACCGCCACAGCAGCAGGCCUUCGUGCCUCGUGUGCUGCCAUCAGACCUUUCAACAUUCCAUCACAACGAAACUUCUCCGUUUCGCAUAGAGCCCAGCUCGAAUUCUUUCCGCCACCAAAGAACCUUCCCAAUAUCAAAAUCACUCCACCAUCAUGGCCUCAUCCUGAUUUCACCGAGAAACAACUCAAAGAUAUCGAAGUCGCCCACCGAGACGUGCGGACGGCUUCAGACUGGGUUGCAUACAACUCUGUCCGCUUUCUACGAUGGUGUACAGAUGUUGUCACUGGCUACCGCCACGAUCCAAACAAGCCGUAUAAGAUGAGUGAGCGAAAGUGGCUGGUUCGCUUCAUUUUCCUGGAGACCGUGGCUGGCGUCCCAGGAAUGGUGGGCGGUAUGCUUCGUCACUAUCAUAGUCUCCGAAGAAUGAAGCGUGACAAUGGAUGGAUCGAAACAUUGCUCGAAGAUGCCUACAACGAAAGGAUGCAUCUAUUGACCUUCUUGAAGAUGGCCCAGCCCGGCUGGUUCAUGAAAUUCAUGAUCCUUGGCGCUCAAGGUGUUUUCUCCAACGCUUUCUUUUUGGCAUAUCUCGUCUCUCCCAAAACAUGCCAUCGAUUCGUCGGCUACCUGGAGGAGGAAGCGACAAAGACUUACAGCUAUGCGAUUGAAGAUUUGGAAUCCGGCAAACUCCCAGCUUGGGAAAAUCUCGAAGCUCCCGAUAUCGCCAUCAAAUAUUGGAAUAUGCCUGAAGGACACCAGUCCAUGAAAGAUCUCCUGUAUUACAUUCGAGCCGACGAAGCCAAACACCGAGAAAUCCAUCACACCUUGGGCAAUCUGAACCAGAAGGAAGAUCCAAAUCCAUUUGUGUCAGAAUACAAAGACCCUUCCCAACCACAUCCGGGCAAGGGAAUCGAACAUAUCAAGUCGACUGGGUGGGAACGAAAGGACGUUAUUUAA